CUCUGUAGACAAACAUUAACUUUGGGGUAGACACUCUAUAUUUAUCUUCUACUCCUUCCAUUUUUACUGCAUCUACCAUUUGAUCAACAUGAAAUCAUCUCUGACUCUGCUGUGUCUGGUGGUAUGGGUGAAUGUGGAUGCUUCAUCAGCUCAGACUGAAGUGAAAUGUAAUUUAGCAUUGCCACCAACAAGAGGAACCAGUUACACACCUGCUGACAGAAAUCUGUUCUUGCCUGAUGAACGUCUAACGGUGACCUGUGACUCAGGAUUCUGGAACAUUUUCUCACGUCAGACUGAAGAUACAAUAACCUGCAAAGAGGACGGAAAGUGGUCAUCUUCCACAACAGAUUGUGAACGGAUAACAUGUGGUGACCCACGUGACCCUCUUGUGAGUUCUCCCUACUACUGGCAGCGGGGUCAAUUGAGAGGAACUCAGCGUUACAACUGUAGAACCGGAUAUAAAACCACAAAUGCCCGGGGUGUUGCCACAUGCACAAGUGAUGGCUCCUGGACUCCAGAACCACUCUGUGAAGAGAUUACAUGUGACAAGCCAGAUAUCCUAAAUGCUGUGAUUAAAGACCCGACAACAAGAUACAAAAUCAAUGAUCUGCUCACUUAUGAGUGUAAGAUGUAUUAUGAACUAUUGGACAGUACUACCAGACCUACUGCUACCUGUACUACAAAUGGCUGGACCAAGACACUUGGCUGUAAAGAAGUGAGAUGUAAGUUAUCAUUGCCACCAACAAGAGGAACCAGUUACACACCUGCUGACAGAAAUCUGUUCUUUCCUGAUGAAAGUGUAACGGUGACCUGUGACUCAGGAUUCUGGAACAUUUUCUCACGUCAGACUGAAAAUAUAAUAACCUGCAAAGAGGACGGAAAGUGGUCAUCUUCCACAACAGAUUGUGAACGGAUAACAUGUGGUGACCCACGUGACCCUCUUGUGAGUUCCCCCUACCGCUGGCAGCGGGGUCAAUUGAGAGGAACUCAGCGUUACAACUGUAGAACCGGAUUUAAAACCACAAAUGCCCGGGGUGUUGCCACAUGCACAAGUGAUGGCUCCUGGACUCCAGAACCACUCUGUGAAGAGAUUACAUGUGACAAGCCAGAUAUCCUUAAUGCUGUGAUUAAAGACCCGAAAACAAGAUACAAAAUCAAUGAUCUGCUCACUUAUGAGUGUAAGAUGAAUUAUGAACUAUUGGACAGUACUACCAGACCUACUGCUACCUGUACUACAAAUGGCUGGACCAAGACACUUGGCUGUAAAGCAAGCUGUCCUGAUCCUCCUCCCAUUACUAAUGGAGAUUUCACCAAGGAAAAGAGAGAUGUUGAAGGUGUAAUUACAGAGGUGUCCUACCAAUGCAGCAGACAGUUUACACUGAGUUUCACAGGCAGCAUCAGAUGUCUGAAUGGAAAAUGGCCGAGUCCUCCAAAGUGUUUACGGCCUUGUGAGAUUUCCACUUUUGAUGCAGAGUACAAUCUUCAGAAUUUACCCAAGAAAGAUUAUACUGCGCACGGUGAAAAAAAGACUCUUCAUUGCGAAGAGGGAUAUUACCAUAAAUUGAGACGUUAUUCACCAUGGAAUAUAGAAGAAAUUGAGGUGAAGUGUGAUGAUGGAGAGUUACAGUAUGGAGAACACAAACCUAUAUGUAGCCAUCGUUAUUCAUAGGUAGAUGAUGAACAUAAGGGAGUCAUGAUGUUCUCUCCAUCAAUUUCAAGAAUCCGUACAAAGCCGCCUUUUUAUGCAAGGAGAAGAACCAUUUGCUUUUGUGGUGUCUGUCGCUUGUUUAAUUUAGAUUUAGAAGAAAUGUGAGCCAUCCAGUAAUGGAAUACAUGUGUCUUUUCAACAUUUUACAUUGUAUCAUCAUUGAAACAAAAUAACAGUAUCUUUCUCAGCUUCACUAUAAUAACAGUACAGCUAUCUAAAGCUAGACUAAAAUGGUACAUUUGUUAUAGUAGUACAAAGUGAUGUGAUUGUGUGAAUAUCCUUCUAUCAAGUAUAUAAAUUGCCUGGCUGGGCUGAUGAGACAGUGGAUUGCGCAGUCAGUUGAAACAGAGUAAAUAGGCAUUUUAACAUCAUAGAUUCAGCCAGUGGUAGCUUGUGGAAUAGGCACCGGCUGGAAUGCGGUCUUAACCAAUCAGCAUUCAGGAUUAGACCGACACGCUCUAUAAUGUGUGAAUAUUCUCCUGUAUCUCCCAGCUGUGUGAUUCAUUACCUGAAGGUGUAAUAUAAGUGAACAACUGUUAUGAUUGUGAUUGACCUUAUCAAGACAAUAAAGUUGUGGAAAAGAGAUGACA